GUUCGUUUCCUGAACUGGACGCAGCAUCCAGACGCAGACGCGGGCCGCUGUUCGUUUGGUGCAAAAUAAGAGGUUAAGUUGGACGCAGCAUCCGGAUGAUUUUUCAAAACUCAUCCCGAAUUUCCGGGAAUUCUGGAUGCGACUUUUCAACGCUUCCAGCUACAUGAAGCUCAUCCAAAAGUCGUAAAAGUCGUCUCCCUCUCUCGCAGUCUCUCUCUCUCAGCCCUCUCUCUCGCAGCCCUCUCUCUCAGUCGCUCUCUCUCUGGCAGUCUCUCUCUCGAAUCCAUCUCUCUCUCUCACACAGUCUCUCUCUCGCUCUCGCUCUAUUGAGAAAUGGAGAGUGGUCUCUCUCUCUCGAAGUCUCUGUUCUAAAGCAUCUCGGCUCUCUCUCUCUCUCUGUAGCAGUCCUCUCUCUCUGUUCUAUUGUACUUCCAUCUCGAGCUAUCUCAAGCUUCGUCUCAGACCUGCUCAGGCUCUCACUCUCUUUGACUAUCUGUUCAAGCUUCAAUGGCAUCUGUCCCUGGAAAUGAUACUGUAUUGUGGAGUGAUGAACAAACACGGUUUUUGCUUCAACUGAGAAUUGAAGAAGAACUGAAAGGCAAUGUGAAAAAUAAGGUUCUCCAUGAAACUGCGAGAAAGACAAUUGCAGAUAAGUUUUAUGAUGCAUUUGGGGUGAAGCAUCCAUGGAUAAAGUUUAGGAACAAGUUCAACUCUUGCAAGAAGCAAUACGGAGCGAUGAAGAGGUUGACUCACAACAGAACUGGACUUGGAUAUCAUCCAAAUGGCUCAAUAGACAUGAGUGAUGAUUGGUGGGACCAGCGUUGUAAGGAAUGGCCUGGAGCUAGGAAAUACAGAGAGAAACCAGUGGCAAAUACAGAUCUACUGGAACAGAUUUUCAGUGGGGUUCAUGUAAGUGGAGCAGAAGGGUGGAGUGCUCAGCAAGGUGAAAAUGAGUUAGACAAUAUGGAGGUACAGAAUGAUGAUGCCGCAUCUGAAGCAACACAAACCAAUCAUCCAGCAACGCAAACAAAUCCUCCAGCAAGGCAAACCAAUCCUGAACCAGAUGCUCCCUCAUCCUCUAAUGGUCCACGAGUCUCCAUUGGUCCACGACCCUCUACUGUCCCAAAGCCUUCUCGGAAAAGGCGUGCAGAACAAACAGCAGAUGCUAUGAGAAGUAGUCUUCAAUCACGUGAUGAGAUACUCUCUCAAAAGAACCACUUGAUAGAAAGCCAUCCAGAUUUGAGUUGCAGUCAGCUUAAGGCUAUGAGAGUCUUGCAUUCACUGUCUAGUAUCAGAAUGUGGUCUCCAUUGUACAAAGCUGCUUAUAAACAUCUCAGGGAAGCUGCUACAAAUCGACAGACCUUCCUAAGCUAUGAAGAUGACGAGAACAAGAUUAUCUAUUUGGAGGAAGAGACUGGUGAAAGCAGAUAUGCAUGACAGUGUGAAGUUUGAGUCUUGUGUUUGAGUCUUGUGUUUGAGUCUAGAGUUUGAGUCUUAUGUUUCUCUCUAUCUGUUUCAGUCUUAUGUUGCUUUCUAUCUUUAUGCAUGACAAUGUGAAAUUUUCUUGUUUAUUUAUGACAUUUUCUUUCUAUGAAAAAGUAUUUGUUAAGUCUUUUUGUUACCUUCAUGCAUUUUACAUGCAUUUUUAUAAUUUCAGUAUUUGAAUAUGGCAUUGUUUAACAUGUUUACUUGUUAUUUGACAGGAAUGCAACGAAACAACAGCACUAGAUACAUUUGCAUUGCUAACUGAAGAUGAUGAUAUGGAUUUGUUAGAGGAGGAAGAGCUCAUGUAUCAUAUACUAGAAGAUGUUUAUGGAGUUACAGAUCUUCCUCCUCUUCCUCGACAAAUGCUCAGAACAAACAGAGGUGGAGGAUGGCGCCGUGUUCAGCGCCUCAUGUUUGAGAGUGACAAGCAAUGUUUUGAUAUCUUUAGGAUGAAUCAAGGUACUUUUAUGAAUCUGUGUUUUAGGCUUCAACAAAACUACAAACUUGAAGAAUCAUGCAAUGUCUAUCAUGAAGAGAGUGUGGCAAUGUUUGUUGAAAUGGUUGCACAAGAUUUAACAGUUCGAGUUUUGGCUGAGAGAUAUCAACGUUCAGUGGAUACAGUGAAAAGAAAACUAGAUGAAGUUCUCUCUGCUCUAUUAAAGCUUGCUGCAGACAUCGUUAAGCCAUCAAUAGGAGAGUUUACUACUCCAAGUCCUGUUAUAGUAAACAAUAAUAAGUACAUGCCAUUUUUUGAAGACUGUAUUGGUGCUUUGGACGGAACUCACAUACCUGUUCGUCCUCCGUCUGAUAAUCAUGAAGCAUACAGAGGCAGGAAAGGAGAGCCGACAAUAAAUGUUCUUGCUGUAUGCAAUCUGAACAUGCGAUUCAUCUACGCCUAUGUGGGAGUUCCUGGAAGAGCCCAUGACACGAAAGUUCUUACACAUUGCGCAAAAUAUGAACCCUUCUUCCCUCAUCCACCAACUGGUAAGUACUAUCUAGUUGACUCGGGUUACCCAACUAGAAUAGGUUAUCUAGGUCCGCACCGUAAAACUAGGUAUCAUCUUGACCAGUUUUCUAGGGGAGGACCACCAACGAACACUAGAGAAUUGUUUAACAAGAGGCAUGCUAGUUUACGUUCUGUGAUUGAGAGAGCAUUUGGUGUUUGGAAAGCGAAGUGGAGGAUUUUAGAUAGAAAACAUCCGAAGUAUGAUGUUAAAAAGUGGAUGAAGAUUGUGACAGCCACUAUGGCACUUCACAAUUUUAUUCGAGAUUCAUCAUGUGAAGACAGUGAUUUCGCUUAUUGGGAAACGGUAGAUGAGUAUGAACAUCAUGGUGACCAAGAUCUUGAGCAUGCUCCAUACCUUCCAUCUGGUGAUAGAGCAAUGGAGAUUCGACGUGAUGCAAUCACUGAAAGGAUAGCAAGAGGAAGUCGACUUCCAUAUUAAGAGUGAUGACUGAAUCAACAACGAGCAGAUGCUUAGCCGCGUGUUUCAUGGCACACUCGGUUAAAUUCUUGGUAGAUCAGAUCUCUGGGUCAAGGUCCUUGAAACACUUGGGAUCUGUGAAGUAUCUGCCUUCUCUUUUCACAAACGUGUGAUCUUAUAAUCUUCAUAGGUUUGAGACACUUUGUUUUAUCUUUGAUCAUAUGUUCAUAUUUAAAGAUGGCUGAAAGGAUCUUGACAUACAUUUAUUUAAUCAACUCCUUUUUGGAUGAUUCAAAA